CUUUUCCAAGAACUGCUACGAUAUCUAGUUUUCCGAGAAACUCCAAAUGUUGUGGAGGAGCUGUGGUCAUGAAUACUAUAGUGCUGUUAGGAAGGUGAGGUGUGGUUCAGAAACUACAAGAUCAGAACUAGGAGGAGAGACAAUGGAGAAAGAAAGAAAGCAAGAACAGCAAGUGCAGAGAGAGCUACAGAGGAAACUGGAAAGGUUGAAGCUACAGAAGAAGAUUCUAAAUGAAAUAAUAAAUUCCAAAUCACCUGCAAGUGCUGUACCUCAUCAAUUGAAUGCAAAUAAUGAAUGGCAUAAAAUAAUAAUGAAAAGAAAUGAAGUAUUGAAAAAAAAUGGAGGCAAACUAGAGGCUACAUACAGAAAAUGUCUCGAUAUUGUGCUAAAGAGCAUCAGGGAAAAGUUGCUUAGUUUCUUAAGCAUGUCACCAAAAGAGGAGGAAGGACCAGCAGCUGUUACUGAGUCCAGUGACUCAAAACAGAAAGAGCAAUACAAGUCGUACGGUCUAUUGCUCAGCUCAUGUCAUAUUAAAAAAUCAGAACUAGCAACUGAUAGAAUUGAAUAUGUUUUGUUACAAGUUGCUGGAAGAUAUCGUUUAACUGAUGAGAGCAGAAACAAGUUAGGAGAGUAUGUUCAGAAAGCAGUUCGCCAAACCCGUACGAUGUUGACACUCCUCCCACCAACAGUUAUAUACCUUCCCCUUCACUAUAAUGAAGGACUUCAUGACACUAACAGAGCAACAUGGGACGAGGAAGAAGCUGAAAAAAAUCCUAAACUGAGCAUCACUCAUUAUCGCCCUGUCCUUCUCUAUGGGAAUCAUCUUCAUGUUGCUGUCAAAGGUUUAAUUGGAAAAAAAUUGGAAUCAUCAAAACAUGCUCCUCCUCCUCCUGUCACUAAAACUCAAACUUUAAGUAUCCAUUCACCUUCUACUUCUGUUCUUCCUCCUGCUCCUCCUCCUCCUGCUGUUCCACCUGCUGUUCCUCUUGCUCCUCCUCCUGUCACUAAAACUCAAACUUUGAGCACUCAUUCACCUCAUUAUUCUCUUCCACCUGCUCCUGCUCCUCCUGUCUCUCCUUCUCUUCCUGUCAAUAAAACUCAAACUUUGAGCACUCAUUCACCUCGUUAUCCUCACCCUCCUCCUCCUCCUGCUGUUUCUGCUCCUCUUCCUCCUCCUACAAAACCUUCAAUUCUUCAUCAUCAUGUUGAUGAACACCAGUCUCAUAGUUCUCACUCUACAACUGAGCCAGCUCAUAAACCAAAAGGCCAAAGAAGAAACCGCUCACCAUCUUUUGAUAAGCCACUCAGCCCAGAUAAAAGACCAAAGGUUGAUGAAAGAGUGGAGAAUCUUCCCUCAUUAUCAUCCAGGAGAGAAAAAGUGGCUCCAUCAUUUCAACAUUCAUCAGCAACAGAGCAAAAUAAACACAAACUGCAGCAAAACUCAGUUCCAUCUCGAGCUGUACCAGGUACCCAAUAUUCAUCACAACCACCACCAUUAGUUGCAUAUCUACCAGCAUCACAAGGACGUAGCAGUACUCAAAUGAUAGAGAAAAGGGCAGGUAGCGUGUCAUCAUCUCCUGUUCAAACUGCAAGAGCUAGCCAUCAAAAACAGUCAACUUAUUCUGUUAGUAGCAACAAUUCUUCCUAUCCUUCUGUCUGUUCAGGAGAUGCCAAAGGUAGAAUGAAAAGAGAAGGAGACACUACCAGUGGAGUCUCUGCUCAGACCACUAGUAGAAGAACUGGAUAUGAAUAUAAGCCUGAGGCUUCAAAAGGAGUGACACCUCCCACUACUAGUGAGUCUGCUGGUAUGAUUCGGCCUCACAAAGAAACUAAAAAUAGAAAUAAUCCAGCUGGUAGUAUUUUAAAGUAUAAUGAGUCCUGUCCUUCUGCAAAACAAAGAUCAGGUAAACCUCAUUCUCCUUCUGCAGUGACAAAAGAAAAAAUAACAGGUGGCAGUCUAAAAAGUGGAACAGCAGCAGCAACUUCAAGCAGUCAUCGUUUGCAAACUACCAGACCAUCAUCAUCAAAUAAAACCACCAAAUCAUCAAAAGGGAAUGGUAUUCAUUCACAAAGUCCUGUACCUGCCAGCAAGCAAGCCUCAGGAUAUAGAAGGCAAGUUACACCACAGGGAACAACACCUCCAAGGGCAGCUGCAGUAUCAAGAGAAAGGGUUAAUCCAAAAAGUGUAGCAACACCAACUUCAAGCAGUUAUCGUUUGACUCCAACUAGCAGACCACCAUCAUCAAACAGAAAUGCUAAGUCAAUGAAAGAGAAUGCCAAUCCUCCUCAUAAUCGUAAAGCAGCUGUAACUAUCAGUAAGCAAGGAAGUACAUGGAACAGGUCAAAUAAAUUAAAUUCAAGCAGUAGAAGUAAAGUAUCUGAUAGAUCUACACCCACAUAUUUCAGACCAAAGGUCAGUCCGAGACAAACGAGUAACAUAUCACCUCAAAAUGUGAGGGCACCAGUGAAACCAUUAUCUCCAGUAAAAGAUCAAGUAAAAAGUCAAACCACUGGUCAUACUAAAGCAACGGUGUCACCAACAGGUGCUAGAAGAGAGCUUUUACCAAACUUAAUAUACAGACCCAAAGCAGAGACCCCUUCUUUCAGAUCACAGACUCAUGGCCAUACUCAGAACAUCACAGGUGCUCAGAACAUACCUCUUCCUCCAGGUCAACCACACCAUUCUUCUCAAUAUAGAAAAGGCAGAUAUUUCACAAGUGAAAAAGCAAAAGAAAAAACUACACAAAAAACACAGAAGUCUAUGAUAAAUCCAACAUCUAAACGACCAGAUAGCACAGAUAUUACUAAAAAACCAACUAUAGAACAACUAGUAGUUCCCAUAUCACCUAAUUCAUGUCAAAGAUCACCAAAAUCAUCCAUUGAAGUUAAAGUGCAGCAUGAACUAAGAUCUGGUAGGACAUAUGAAUACCCAACAGCUAAUAAUAGAGAGCGUGAACGACUAGAACAAAGGAGAGGAACAGAUGCAGUAUUACGUGAAUCACGUGGCGGUGGAGCUGUGCAAGUACAUGUACAAAAACUUCAAAAGAGAAAGUAGUUGAAACAAAUUUUGUAAUUAAUUAUUUAA